AAGUUUACGGCUCACCCCGACAGAAACUCGGCUUUGCACGCAUGCGCAGAAGCGUCGCUAUUUGCCCUAGUCUUCAUUACGCAUCAAGCUGAGCCGGAUACUGGUCUGAGGCACAUGCCGGCGCUUCGUGGGCUUCGUGCUCGAAGCAGAGGAGCACAGCUGGAAGCAUGCAGGGUGCUGAAGAGCUCGGGAAAGCUAAGCGCACCCGCAAGCGGUCUACCUCAGCCGGUGAACCACCGAAGAAGAGUGUGAAAGGAAGCGAUUAUCAUGUACCGUAUGCCGGUGAGGACAGCCAGGCAGCAGCAAAGUUGAACUCUUGGUUUGGGACUUUGCGAGCUCGCCUAAAGGAGGAGCUGCCACGGGAGGGUGCUAGUGGUCUUGGAAAUCAAGGCUAUGCCAAUCGCAGUGCGUCCGCACGCAAGGCAAGUGCCACGACGACCCUUGGUCGCCGCAGACAUAAUUCUUGGCCGAGCUCAAGCAUCAGCGAGACUGAUAACGAAGGGGAUUAUGCAAGCACUCACGCUGGUACACGAAUGUCAUUUGAGAAGCAAACAGUGGCUGAUGGCCCCGCAAUGCGACCCACUGUUAUUAAGUUUGCAAGGCGUGCACCCAAAAGCGGAGUUCAAUAUACGCGCCAAUCUUCCGUCCAUGACAAUGCUGGUAGGGUGGUUAGAACUCCCUCUUCCGAAGCCACGUCGAAGGCGCAGGUUCCGGUGCAAGAAGCCACCAGACCCACUUCCGUUGAACAAGAUUGUCCUGUGUUCAAAAGUUCCGGCGAACCAAGCGUGCUGGACGACGCGCUGAACGAGCGCCUUCAGCAUUUUCGCACCCGAUGGCGUGCUGCACAGCAGAUUCUGGACGACAUUGGUGCUCGGUUUGCCACUACCAGGCGCCCGAUACCCCUGCCCGCCAUCAUCGCCUAUAGGCAGUGGCCGUGGUGGCAUAUGGGACGAUGGCAUGCGAGAGCUGCUUCAGAAUCUUCGGCACGUGACACGCCUCGCCAACCCCGGGAACCAGACUCCAAGCCUCAGGGACCCGUGGAGGAGCACACGGUUCCUCCCACAUCGUUUGACGAGGAGUUCAAGCGCCCCUACCCGGUUUCUGGUGGGCUGCUGCAGCGCCGCAAUGCGACGGCGGCGGCGGGCGAGCUCGCUGAAAUCGCUACGAGUGCAACGGAUUCUUCAGAUGAGACAGAAAGUCAUGACAGUCAGUGGUCUUCGGAAGAAGAGGCUUACUGUUCGCCUUACCUGGCCUCCUUGUCCAAGUUUCUGCACCUGCAGCAGCCGGCUAUUUUUCCACAAGUUGAGAGCUUCGCACGCUCUGUGCUCGACGUGCGUCGCACCAUCUGCGACGAACCGGAGGAAGUGCUGGACGCCUUGUGCACUCAAAGCAAGCGAGCGUAUUGCUGGCUCCUGGCUUACCAGGUUAACCUGAAUCGAUCAAUUGCCCCUUACGGCGUUGAGGUUGUCCAGGUGCAGCCGGGAUCCUACACCCUGCGCCACCUCGGCGGCACAUUUCCCAAGCAGGCCACUGCAGAGUCGACCCGCGAGAAAGCGCGAGGAAUGUUCAUAGAGCAUGAACGUAAGUAUUGUGUCGUGGAUUUCUCACUAAGUCCUUAAAACAUUACAUCUAAUAGAAAGGCUUCAUACAUCCAACGUAUAUGUUUGAAUCUGUGGGGAGCGAAGCUUUAACAGCACUUGAUGGUGUUUAUUUUUACUGUACGCAACGUGCAACCUUAUGAAACGAUUUCUGACACACAGCGAAAGUGGCGAAUUGAAUUUUAUGCUACAAUGCCUGGCACAACGCAAACAUUUUAAUAC